AUGAUUUUGAGCCUAUUAUCUAAAAGCCUCCAAGAGCUUUAUCAGAGCUUCUGCUGGAAACCGUUCAAUUGUUACUGCGCAUUAACUUACUUCUGUGUGUUGUGGUUGCUCCUCCUCUUCUUCUAUUUACUGGUGGAGAUUCCAUUUACCCUAACCUUCUGGAAAAAUGAACACACCCAAAAGCAUCAUCAGGGCAGAGCCAAGAGGAGGAGGAAAGGUUGGAGAUACUACCAGAGGGAAGAAGAAGAGAAAAAGAUGCUGCUUUCUGUCCUUAAAAGGUUCUCCUUUGUUUAUCCUGGUCCUUGCCGCAACUUUGUACCUCCUGUCUCCUGCAGCCCCCUGGGUCAGCAUCAUGAUUCCACCCGCUUUCGUCAGCUGUUAUGUCCAGACCCCUCCUGUGAGGUGUGUAAUGAUGCAACUGCUGAGAUGGAUCAUCUGCUCUUCUCAGAGGCCCUGCACGGUUCUACUCCCUCUGUGUCCUCUUUGGCUUCUGCAGCUCCUGUGACUGAGUCAUUGUCCACUCUGUCCCCUGCCUUCUCAGUAGUCCCUCCAGGAGAGCCAAUACCACCUCCUCUAUCUGAGCCUUUCCCACUACUCCUCUCCAAUCUCUCCCCUAACCCAGUAACCCCCUUAAGUGAUUUUGCAUCAUCAUUACCACCAGAUCACUCUCUGCCAUCAGAGCCUUUGCCUCCAUUCGAAUCUAAACUGACAGUGGAUGAUUCCCCGUUCCAAACCUUCGCCUUUCCCUCUCUCCCACCACAUGACACUCAGAGCUCGAAUACUUUUCUGACCCUGAAUACCAUCGUUAUUGAUGCCUCCAUUACCCAAGACAUCAACCCCUUCCCAGAUUUGGGCCUGACUUCGAAUGCCACAGCAUCAGUGACUUAUCAUGGCCCACCAACCAUGUCUGUCUCACCACCACCACACUACAGUUUAACAGUGACUCAACCUAAAUCCAUUCACAUCUCAUCCAAGCCUGCUCUAGAGAACUCUACUCCAGACAGCACUCAGGCAUUGUCCACUUAUGUCCCUCAAGGCACUGACCAUACAAAACUGUCAAUUUCACACUUUUUCUGUCAGAAAGCUUGUGUCAGAGACCCAUUGCUGUUCACCUUGGCACAAGAUGAUUUCAAUCAAGUUCAGGAUAUGGGAUAUGACUCUGAGGAAGACCUAAACACCGACAUAAUGAGUCUGUCAGGAGCAAAUUCAUUGAUAUCAGGGCACAAUAUAAGGCAGAGACAACCAGAAAAUGUCUCAAGAGCACACUUGAGCAAGAAAUCUGAGGAAAUCAAUGAGGGUCAGCUCCCUGCAACUGUGCAUAGUCCAUGGCAUGCUAUCCAUCAGACACUUUCUGGGCAAUACCGCAACAAAAUAAAACAGACACAUUUGGCACUAUCAGCGGGUAAGGAAAACUGCCUUAACACCUGCAAUGAGCUUCCCUUCCUUGAGUGCAGUGAACAGCAGAAACUGGAAGCCCACAUUACCAAAUUUCAUUUGAGGAGGAUGUGGGCCCUUCUAGCCAAAGUCCUAAAAUCCAUAAAGAUCUUUAAAUUGAGGGGUACUUCUUCCCAUUCCCUGUCUGAUUCCAAAUCUUCCUCUUCAACCAAUCUGAUUUCUGAGAGGGAUUCCAAAUCUAGGAGCUUCCAACCUGUUAGAGGAAUCUCUAAAACCCUGAAUCAGCCUCACCCUGUCACCUCACUUAUGGGCAAGGAAGGACAGAGGACCCUUAGACAAUCACCCCUUAAUAUUGCCCGUGGGCUGGCAGGGGAGGUUCAGAGAAUUCAGGUUGCCCUACAGACUCUUCUGCCUGUUACAAAUAGUAUUACUGACAAAGAAAGUGAGAGACACAUUCCAAGAGCCAACAUUUGUCCCCCAAAGCUGUCCAUAAGGCAAGCUAGCGAUGGACAUGGACCAAAGAAUCAAAGAGUGAAUUCCAGUCACAGCAAAAAAAUGAAGAAAUCAGAACCCGUCUCCAUGCCCAACAUGUUCAGGGCUGAGGAGCUUGAUGCUCUUCAACCCAAAAUGAAUGACAUCUUGACAACCAGCAAGCUGGGAAUUUCCCAAAGGUUAAAUGUGAAUGAGAGUAAAGGAGUAACUACUAUGACAACUAAAAGCCUCCCAGGGGAAACAUCAGUUUUCCAAGAUCUUAAAUCAGCAAACCUUCAGAAGCAACUAUCUGAGACAAAAUGGAAGCUUGAGAACAGGAAGCAGAGCCAGGCCCAAGGCCAACACACUCAUGUGUCCCAUGCCUUAGAUAGCUUGUCUAACACAGCCUCCCUGACUCAGGCUCAGGGUGUCUCCAGUGUGGACAAGGCUGCUCACCAGGUGCUGCAUGUCCCUUUGGGGAACACAGGUGUCAGUAGGAAGCAGCCACGGGAACCUUGGGUCCCUAGGAAUAUCGCAAGGUCAUGCCAGGAUAAGAGUUUUCCACCAAUUGCAAAGAAAGCAAGGCUCACAGGCUCCACAUCAGAAGAGCUUGGUGGAGGGAAUGCAGGCUUGGGAACAUCCCAACCUGGAAGGGAGAGAUUUCCAACACAGGACCUGCCACUAAAGGAGAGGCUCGGGAGCAAGUCUCCCCAGACCCCAUCACAGAAGGCACAGUCUCUUCCUGAAAGUCUGUUCAGAAAUCAAAUAAGCCGCUUUUUUCAAUGGCUUCAUCCUGAGAUAAAAUGCCAAGAGCAAGAAUACUCUGAGGAAAAGGGCAGCCCCCUAUCAUCUACACAGAGCAGAGGCCCAGUUGAAAGUAAAGUAGACACUGGGAGUUUUCUAGAGGAGAAACUAGGGCAUGUGGUAGAUAUCAGCUGCCCUCAAGAGCCCCUUCCCUCUGCAGUGAAGACUGAGAAUGGUCAGCAGAAGGCAGCAGUGUGUGCCUCAGCAGAGCCUGUCCAGGGGCAUCCUUUCAACUGCAGGACGUCCUCCUUUAAAGAGACAGAUACCAAGUCCGAUGGCCAAGAAGCUGUCUUGGGAGACAAGGACAGACUCACCCAGAAAGUUUUGGCAUUUAAGGACAAGCUAUUCAAUCAGAAGCAGCCCCAAUCUGUGCCCUGGAGGAGGACUGUGCCUCAUCCAAGCCCCACCUGCAGGCCUGCAGCUGCCCGGGGGCCUCCUGCUCUCACCGCUGCUGGAGGUGUAGUAGAGAUCAAUGUCUACUAUGUAGACAGCAACCACCUCUACAGAAUUUCCAGGGAAAGAAGAUUUCCCACCCCCAAAUAA